UGAGGUGCAUUUCGCUAGGUGCCCCCAGCAAAGAAAGAAACAUCCCAAACCCGAAGAAGACGUUCCCACUCUCACUGCGGAGCUGCCGCUGCUCGCCGAAGAAUCGUCUCCUCGCCGUCGGUCGCUGCUCCGAAUUCCGCUCCGCCCUUCCGCCCGCCGCUCGCCGCCGGCGCCGGCGACCGACCGACAGACCGUGACGAGCUCCUGAGGAUCGCCAACGCCGAGAAAUGUCAUGCCAUGCGCGCUCCAAGUAACUGACGAAAGGCCGAAUAACACGUCGCGUAUGCGGUGUAACCGACCGGUUGGGAACAACUACAACUGCUUUCAAGAGGACCAUCUAAUUCACAGACCGGUUCACGGCUUCCCUGAUAACAGGGACAAUCCAUUUACGGUGCUUUCUCUUAGGCACUGUUCAGAUUGGAAAUUGGCACCAUUUUCGUCUAGCAGACAGGAGGUCAAGAGGACAAGCUAUUUGACAUUAGGAGCUGCUGCUACAGAGUGCUUUGAGUUACUAUUCCCACAGCCAACAAUUGCUUACUGGUUAGAUCUGCCGAAUGAAAAGAACAUGCAUGAUCAGGACAUUUCUUCUAAACCACUUCCCAAUGUAGGAAGCACUUCAGGGCAACAUCGGCAUAGGAAAAAAACUAAGAAGUCAUCCACGACUUGCCCUCCCUGCCACGUGGUUGCAAAUACCUCUUCCGGGCCUGAUACUGCUCCUCAGGGAUCUGAUUCUGAUAUUUUGCAUGAUGAUGAUAAGCCUCCUAAAAAGAGUUCCAAGAAGAAAGUAAACAAGUGGAAACAGUGCAGGCGAGCAACCAGUGAAAAGCUUAAUUUGUUACCAGAACUCCCCUGUGAAGAGCAUAUUGAUACCGCUUCUCCUGCUGAGGUAUUUCUGCCUGAUUCACUGGCUGAUAAAUUGUCAGAGGCAUCAUCCUCAUCCAGCUCAUUGGUCAAAGAUGCCCAUCUGGGCAAAGAUAAUGGGGAGAGCAACAAUGAGUAUGUGAAACACAGAAGUGAUGGCAAGGAUGGCUCUGUAUGUGCAGGUUCAUCUAAUAUAACUGUAGGCAAAAGAGUUAUCUGCAAAUGUGAUCCUAACCUGAAUGAUGGACCAAAUACUGCCGGUUCUUCAGAACUUGGUGGAUCCCCAGACACUGAACAUGUAUAUUCCUAUGUAGGAGAAGAAAGCAAUGGCUGCCAGAAGUCAUCGUGUCCCUGUGUUUGUAAUUCCAGUGAUGCAACAGCAGCUUCAUUCUCUAAGGGUUGGAACAGUCAAAACUGUGGGGACUGCAGUACUGAUUUUGAGGGAAGGUUAACCAUCGAAGAUGGAAAAAAACGAGAUAGUUUGCAACUUGAGGCUUAUACUUGUCUGGAUAGUGUAAAUAAGGCAUGCCAUGUGACAGGUGUCCAUUCUGAAGAUGUUACUGAUACUAGUAGUCAUUCUGAAAGAGUUCAAUGCAGCAGUGAAGCCUGUAGCAGCAAGACGUUUCCUCCAGUUAGUCCGGGGAGGAGUGGCAGAAAAUCAAGAAACAAAUCUAGCUGUAUUAAUAUGACUGCGACUAAUAGGGUAGUAAGUUCUAAUAGGCACAAGCAUAGUGGAAAAGACAGUCCAGUUUCCGUGUGGCAGAAAGUAGAAAAACCUGAUAAGGAAAACUCAUCUGGAGCAGGACAUGCGGUUGUUUCAGCAGUCGAGGAUAAAAGUGCACUAGAAGAUGAUAGCAAGGGUGUCCAGCACGACCCAAAUAGGCCGAUGGAUAAACAUCGUUGUAGAAAAACAUGCAAACAGCACAAGAAGCAAACCCCGUUUCUGUAUGAACAAACAAGUUUGUCUUGUAAAAAGGGUAGUUGUCCGUCACCGAGGAACUACUAUGCUCCUAAGAAUGGUAGCCCCAAGACGCCCAAGAACCACUUGCAACAGACUGAAGGGUUGUUGAUGUUACAGCCAGUAUGUGACAGGGACAUCAGUGAUACAUCAAUCACAACUGGUACUGAAAAAGCAACACUAGCAUCUUACAGCUUGGGUUCUCAUUUGGUGCCACAGGCUACAUCCAAGGAACCAUGCACAUCGGUCAUUCAAGACGAUAGUCACUCUCUUUGCCUUGAAAAUAAGGCCAUAUCAACAGAUUUGGACCCCAGGAACUCGUGCGUCGAUCCAUGCGCCGCAGAAAUGGAAGAAACCCAAUGUGUGAAGUCAUAUUCUGCUGCUGUGCACAUGUCACAUAAAUGGGUUCCUAUCGGAAAGAAAGAUAUAGCACAUUUGGUUGUUGAAGCAUCAGUUCCAGCUAAUGAUGGUUCUGUUUCUGCUAAUAUAGACGUGAAGAGAAAUGUUUCAGAUGCUCCUGCACCAACUAAAAGUGAAGGAAGCAAGGUUGCUACUGAGUUGACUGCUAAACCGAAGCCAUCUGGACAGCUUGAUUCGAAAUGCCAAGGACAUACUGACAAUGGAACUGAUUUCAGCAAGAUAAGAGAGGCAGUGAGUGAAUCUUGUAGGGCCCAACAGAGAGCGGAAGAUAUUCAACUUCACAUUGGCAGGCCUCUUGCCGAUUUUGAACAAUUUAUUUACUCUGCUUCUCCAGUUCUGCACUGUAGCUCUUGCCCUGCUGGUUGCAACUCUUCUUCACAGGAAUGGAUGAGAGAUGGCUUGUGCUGUCAUCAAACUGCGGAUAUCUCUCUGAGUAGCAUCUGGCAGUGGUAUGAAGAACCUGGCUGCUAUGGCUUGGAAGUGAAGGCACAGGAUCUCCGUAGAUCGAAAGGCUUCUGGAAUAGUUGUUAUCAGUUUAAUGCCUACUUUGUGCCAUAUCUAUCUGCGGUUCAACUUUUUGGGCAACCUAAGAGAACCGUUGAUAAGGAUGAAGCCGAAACGGAUACAAGAUCUAAAACAUCUCCAUGUAUGAGCUCUCUCCCAAUAUUAGCGAAGCUUCUACCUCAAGAGUCCAAUAAAAGAAAUAGCUCGCCGCCUUUCCAUGUUAAAGAUGAUCAGCAGUUGGAGUCUACAGAGCUCAUAUUUGAAUUUUUUGAAUCCGAACAACCAUUUUGGCGGCGACAAUUAUUUGACAGGGUAAAGGACUUGGUUGGCGGUGCAAAACAAUUGAAUUGCCAAAUAUCAGGAGACCCAAAGAGUCUGGAGCUCAACCUGCACGAUCUUCAUCCUGCCUCCUGGUACUGUGUUGCGUGGUAUCCCAUAUAUCGUAUACCUGAUGGGAAGUUCCAGGCUGCUUUCCUGACGUACCAUUCUCUUGGACACUGGGUUCAUCGACGAAGCUCAUCAGACCAGGCUGGCCACGGUCAUGCUGUUUUGCCAGUCAUGGGUUUGCAAUCUUACAACGACAAGGGGGAGUGGUGGUUUCAGAGGAGCAGAUCCGGUUCAGAAGAUGCAGAGUCCUCGUCAAGCGAACCAUCUCAGGUUCUUCAAGAACGGUUGUCGACGCUGAACCAAGCCGCGGCAGCCAUGGCGAGGGCGGACGUGUGGAAGAAGGACCAGGCGCGGAGAAACAGGCACCCGGACUACGAGUUCUUCCUGUCCCGGCAGCAACGGUAGAUAGCUCCAGAUGCACCAUGUUUCAGAACGGCUGACGGACGAACGCCUCUUCCCCUGUAACCAGAAGAACCUUGACGACUCAGCGGCGCCGUCCGCCUGUCACCUUCGUCAACAACCUGUAUAUAUGUGUGGUAGUAGAGUGCAUGUGAAGAUGGUGCUGCUCAAAUGACACCAGACGAGACCAUGAGUUGUUGUUUAGCUCACUGCUUACUAGUGUAGUUGGGGUUGUUGAUAGGUGCAACCCGUCUUUAAUUCAAAAUAGCUUGCUCA